AUUCUAGAUGUGAUUUCUUUAUUUAACUUGACAAAAUCAUUUGUAUGGAACCAAUUAUUAUUUCUUUUUGGCCCUAUAUUUCAGAAAACCAGUUAUAAUAUUUACUUUUUCAUCCUAAAAUGUUAUCACGUGCCUAUUUAGCCCUGGGAGAAAGAUUACGAUGUUUUGAACAUAAUUUUUUCUGUCUCGUGAAAGUGUUAUCUAACCAGCAUGGUCCUCCACCUCCCAGUGCUCUGGUCUUAGUGGGCACUGACCUUCACAUGCCUCACUUGUCCAUCCCGUACCCCAAGAGUGAUGAAUAUGACAGUACAUUACUUGAUGGUUUUCUCUGGGCUGUGCCGAAGAAGCGCCGCAGCCGAGAGAAGAGGCUCACUCGUAAACAUUCUGCUAAUAAACAACUUUGUGUCAAGAAACUUCUCAUGUGCACCAAUUGUGGUGGGCCACAUGAACCUGGCAGACUAUGUCCCAUUUGCUACGCCCUAGUGAAGGAUACGACAGCCUCGCUGUAUGAACGAGUUAAGGACAAGUUCGGAUUGAGCCCCAUUGAAAAGGAGAUACUGGCGGUGUAUAAGGGUGAAACGCCUCCACGAGAAACAGACCGUGUUAUCAUUGAAGUCCCGAAGCCGCGUCCAAGUUUCUUCACCAGGAAUCUGCGGACGCCGUCCACGCCUGCCAACAGCGACAGCACGACAGUCGACGUGGUCCCUGACACUAAAGUUAUAAGUUGAUAACUUAUGGCGCUUUUGUAAAUUCAGUCGAGUGUCAACUCGAGUACAAAUGGCGUGAUUAUGUAAAAUAUCAGUUGAGUUCCUACGCGUGUUACGUUGAAGCGUCGUGUAACUUUUUUGCUUGGGAAUUAAAAUACAAUUUAAUUAGUUUGUUAAAUACUUGUCGAGGAUGCAAUCAUCUUCAUUUCACGAUCAAAUGAUAUUUGCCGAUAUUUGAAAGGGGGGUUAUCUAGUAAUGUUUAAAUCUCAAGAAGACAAACUUUUCCCCUCUGUUACACUCUCUGAUUAUAAAUUCUAUGGCAUUUAUUACUCGCCUGAAUGAAUUCAAAAUAAGACGUGUAAAAAUAGUGCAAGAUUAUUUUCCUAAUCGCGCUCGAAAAUUAUAUGUAAGUGAAUGGCUGCGGGUAAGAGUAUAGUUCUUUCUUCAUUAAUCAAUUGCGUCAUCCAGACAUUUCAUGGUUCGCAUAAUGGCGCGUCAAUUUCUACUUUCCGCACUACAAUGAGCAUGUAGCCUGAGUGCUACGCAAAACCUUGUCAGGAAACGCGAUUUUCCUCGUGGAUCGAUGUUCACACCUCGUGAGAGGCAGCUCCACCUCCUCCACAGGUGGCAUGGCAUUAUACAAUCCAUUCUUUGCAGCAGCACCUAGGCUGCAAGUAUCUAAGACAUUGAUAUUCAAUUCAAUAAGAUUUCUCGCUCUAUUUUUGUUCAGCUCCACAAGGAAUAUUAAGACAAGCAUUUCAUAAUUGUAUAAUUAUACUUUUAUUACUUCUGUUA